GAUAGAUGUUGUGUUCGAGUACCCCAGUUCUGUUCUAAUCGCUAUUGUUUUUCCUGCCAAUAACAAGCAUGCCAAAAGAUGACACAUAUGCGUGUCUUCCUACCGGCGAGGAUGAGGGGCGAGGGGCACGGGAUGAAACGGCCCCGUCACUCUUGGAACUCGCCAGAGACAACCCAGGUGCACAAUGGCGAGCAAAGGCCAGGAAAAAGAAGUCAGUGGGAUCUAUGAGAAGAAAUGGCAUCUUGAAACGUUCUUUUUUAAAACUUAAGGAUACCUGUUCCGUCUGCAAGUGCUCCAAGUCCUCCUGUUACAACUUUCUCCACUAUAUCUUCCCCUUCGUCCGACUACUGAAGGGAUACAGCGGCCUGUACGACUUUCCCUGUGAUAUCAUUGCGGGGCUUACUGUCGGGAUAAUGCACAUUCCACAAGGUAUGGCGUAUGCCCUGCUGACGCAGCUACCCCCGGUGUACGGUCUCUACACCUCCUUCUACCCGGUCAUCAUCUACUUCUUGUUUGGUUCUUCCAAACACAUAUCUGUUGGGACAUUUGCCGUGGUCAGUCUGAUGGUUGGAGCCGUGGUGGACCGGGGUUACGUCAGGUUUCGUCGAGAUGAACUGCUGCAUCCCAACAACAACAUGUCGCUCAUCCUCAUGGAAGCCAAUGUGACGUCACCGGUAUACCAAAAGCACAUGGAGGACCUGGAGGAGAUCAAAGUGGCGUACGCCAUGUCCGUCACAUUUGCUGUGGGAAUAAUGCAGGUCCUUCUCGGCGUGCUCCGGCUUGGCUUCUUAACGACGUUUUUGUCUGACCCCCUCAUCAGCGGCUUCACCACAGGCACUGCCAUCCACGUGUUCUCCAGCCAGAUUCAGUCUGCAUUCGGCGUCACCAUUGGCCGAUACAACGGACCAUUUAAGCUCAUUUACGCAUACCGCGAUUUCUUUGCCAACAUCGAUCAAAUUAACUUUGAGACGAUGACAGCUACUAUCGUAGCUGUCUUAGCUAUUAUCUUCAUCAAGGAGGGCAUCAAUAACAACAAGUCAUGUCGGCCGAGGAUGAAGGUUCCAAUACCCAUCGAGUUAUUGGUGAUCAUAGGCGGUACGCUAUUAUCCUACUAUCUCAAUCUCAAUUCGGAGUUUAACGUGGAGGUGGUCGGCGAACUUCCACGAGGGUUGCCCAAACCAGACGUAACCAAACUGAGGUUUUUCCCGGAGCUAAUCGGCGAGGCUUUUGCAAUCUGUUUCACAGCUUUUGCAAUUUCUUUUUCAAUGGCUAAAAUAUUGGCUGAUAAACAUUUCUACGAAAUAAACCCAAACCAGGAACUGGUGGCACAUGGAAUGUGUAACAUACUUGGGCCUAUCUGCUCCGCAUUCUGCAGCUCUGCUUCAUUGUCCCGGAGUAUGGUGCAGGAGAACGUGGGUGGGAAGACACAGAUUUCAAGCUUAAUAUCCGGCGGCCUCGUCAUCAUAGUUCUUCUUUCUAUGGGGCCUCUCUUUAAGGCAUUGCCUAACUGUAUUUUGGCAGCCAUAAUUCUGGUGUCCCUGAAAGGAUUGUUCACACAGAUCAUUGAGGCCAGAAGACUUUGGAAAGUGUCCAAAAUAGAUUUCACGGUGUGGCUAGUUGUGUUUGUCGCCACGGUGUUGUUGGACGUUGACCUUGGACUGCUUGUUGGGCUAGUUUACAACCUCGUCCCUGUGCUGCUUAGAACACAAAGGGCCUAUUCCUGUCUCCUGGGAAACCUGGCUGGAACCGAGGCCUACAUGGACAAGAAGGUCUACCCAGGUGCUAAAGAAAUACCAGGUAUAAAGAUCUUCCGAUUCGAAGCACCACUGUAUUUCGCCAACAUGGAACACUUCCGCCGCCAACUGAUCAAGGAAACCGGUCUGGACCCUCAAGAGUUGAAGAGGAAGAAGGACAGGUUGAAAGAGGCCGAUGUCAUUCUCCGACACCACCAGGUAUGUUUGGACGCUCAAAAGAGUUGGCCGGAUGUACCAUGUACAGGGUUGGGUCACGAGCAGACUACAUCUUACAUGGCCAAAGAAGAACUGAAAGAGGAGAUUCACGCCAUCAUCAUUGACGGCUCCACCAUACAGUACAUCGACUCCGUCACUGUGAAGGUUUUGUUUGAGAUUGUCCAGUCCUACAAAGACGUAGACAUAGACAUCUAUCUCGGAGAAUGUAAAGAUACUGUUCGGUCGAUGUUGGAGAUGUCCGGUUUCUACACGAACAUCCACCGCCGCCAUGUUUGUGCAACAAUACAUCACGCCGUCAUGUGUGCCCAGAAGUCAAAAUCAGUUUCAGUGGAUACCCUGGGUAGCUACGGCAGUGACUACAUGCUAGCAGAGGGCGACUUCGUCCAGGUAGACCUCCCUGAUGACGAUGUGGCCAGUCAUGAUAUUACUCUAUGAUGACUCGCGUGUUCCAGGAGCUGGCCAGUGAGGAAGUGCUAUACUUAUUACAACCUAUCUGGUUUCUGUAUAUACUGUAAUCUGAAUAAACCAAUUUUUUUAUCCAA